AUGUCCUAUAGCGAAAUAUGCGCAUUUCUGAGAGCUCCAUCCGGCACCGGUAUCAGGGAAGUCAUUGAAGAUACGAAGGUCUACCCUCUAAUACACAUGAUAAGAGCGGACGUGAUUCAUUAUAUCGAUACGCCGCUCAGUUAUGAUACGCUCUUGGCUCCUGACUUGAAUUACACACUUGUCAGACCGCUCGUUGAGAAGUACACCGCGAUUCAAGAGAGCGGCAACAAGUCUGUGGUGUUCUGUCUCCUUCUCAACCGCGUUCAUUUUUCUCGAGACGACAACCCGACCACAGCCACGCUCUCCAACUCCCGUGCGGCGUUGUGUGAAAUUCUGGCUACCAGAACCUUCCGCCACUAUGCCAAUAGCAUGCUUGACCUCACCUUGGUCUUGACCACUGUCUGGCCUGUCUACUCUGGAGCCGACCCGAAACUCUUGGCCCGAGCACAGGCGGAACGCGAUGAGGAACUUGAAGAUAGAGUUGGGAAUGCUAUUGAAAUGGCUAUUCUCGGCAAGGCGAAACGCUUCAUCAAGAGUUCAUCUUGUCAGAAAGUAAUCCAAGCUAUCUGGACCGGGAAAUGUGUCUACCAGGCCGAGAGUACCCAUUCGAUAUUAUCCGACACAUACAAACGAAAUCCGAUCCACUUUUACGACCCACAUAAAGCGCCGUUGCUAGACCAUUACCGGCUCAAAGUCCCAUUUAUACGAUCUGUUCUUGAAUAUACAAAUUUUCUCAUUCUCUUUAUCCUCUACGUCAUCGCUAUCGAAGUCAGCACCCCUGCCCACUUUAACACCGCAGAGAUAUGCUUCAUCAUAUACGCGCUUGGCUUUACCUUGGAAAAGCUUGCUGCUAUGCAGGAGCAUGGAAUUAAAGUGUACUUCAAUGGAACUUGGAACGCGUUCGACCUGGCAUUCGUCACAACAUAUGCGGUGUACAUUAUGUUACGAGUUUACGGAGUGUACUAUCACAAGGGAUGGGCGAAAGCGCUCGGGAUCGACGUCCUUGCGCUCAUAGCUUGUAUGCUCUUUCCUCGACUCGCUUUUGUCACCUUUAAAGACAGUUUAAUGGUGCUAUCUUUGCGCGCCAUGAUAGUCCAAUUCACGUUCCUUAUGUGUAUUGCUAUAUUCUGUUUUACUGGGUUUCUGUACGCCCUUUGGACGUUGGCAAGGAACCAAGCUGGUUAUUCCGCUGGGCAAAUAUCAUGGUGGAUGCUAGAUCUGUGGUUCGGACUCGAUGCAAGUGGCUUCGAUAAUGCCACGAAAUUCCACCCGGUACUUGGCCCCAUUCUUAUGGUCACAUACGCUUGCCUGAGCAAUACGCUCCUGUUGACCGUUCUCGUUUCCAUCCUAUCCAACACCUUUGCGACGAUUAAUGAAGACGCAGCCGCAGAGGCCAUGUUCAGAAAGGCUGUCUCCACCAUCGAAGGGGUGAAGGCAGAUUCUCUUUUCUCUUACCAGCCUCCGAUCAACCUGUUAGCUCUGUGCAUCAUGCUGCCCUCGAGCUACCUUCUGUCUCCUCGCUGGUUCCAUAAGGUCAACGUGUUCAUGAUCAGGCUAACUAAUUUUCCAUUGCUGCUGAUGAUCUCGUUCUAUGAGAGGCAGUCUCAGAAGGCGGGGUCGGUAAGCUUCUCGGAGACUGUGGGGUACCUGGCUGAGAAGGUGUAUGACACGCUGCCGCGGUCUCUCAAGCGUUUCGGUCUAUUCGAGGGUUUCGCGGGCUCGGGUUCCGACAUUGACGCAAUCUUUGAGAUCGAAGAAGAGUUUGACAGUGCCCUGGACACCAACGAUGGCGAGAGUGAUGGUCGGCCCUUCUUCCGCCAAUGGGAACGCAAGAAAUCAGAUGAUGCUCCCUUUUUCAGGGUUGGGCAGUCGCCUCAACGAAGCCCUCGUAGUUCACCCCAAUAUCCCGCUCCCACCGGGAAACGUAGUUCCCUCUCCCCACCGCGGGCUCCUCGACUACGGAUGGAUUCCUUAAUGCCGUCCAAACCUCAAUCUGGUCUGGGUACUGCACCAUUCAGCCCCUUGGCCCAAGUCUUCAAACCAGUCGUCGUGGAUACCGGGACUGUCAUAGAGGAGCUCGGCGAAACAGGGCAGACGCUGGGGGAAAGCACUGCGAUCAGCUACGGGCCUGCAAGCCGGAGACGAUUCUCGUCGAUUGUUCAGGGUAAACGUCCAUCUCAUGAAGCGCUGCGGCAACAAGCUCAAACGAAUGCCGCAUUGAGAAGGAACUUUCCUGUACCCCCUCCACCUCAGCUAUCGAGGAGCCCUUCAUCUCCCCCGGCGGUUGAGAGGGCAGCCGUCUUUGGUGAUCGACCUCUUACAACGUCCCCGCCGAGAGGUGGUGAAGGAAAGCCGAUCGACCUCGAAGCGGCUGCGACACACGAGGGCUUGGAUGUUCUGGCUAAGAAAAUGGUACAAAUGGAGGAGAGGCAACAGAGAAUUGAGGAAUUGCUGACCAGGAUAGCUGAUAAUCUUAGAACACACACUGGUAGUCCAUGA